AGUACUAGACGUGGGCAACAGUUGUUACUGGGCAACGAGCAAACAACUUUUUGAAAAAACAUGGACACAAUGUUGGAUCCGUUCUCGGGGCUGGACUCCUUCUCCUCCCCUUAUUUUGACGACGAUGACUUUUUCACAGACCAUUCCUCUAGAGACCAUUUGGACACGGACGAGUUUCUAGAUGACGACGUCAACUUCUUGACCAGUCAAAUCCAAGAGUAUUACAAAGAUAGCCGGAUUACGCACGAUGGGGAAUACUGCGACGCUGGCAACUUUUCGUUCUCGUCUUCAUCAUCCACGUUCUCUUACGGCUGUGCAGACAGCACCUCGGAGCUGUCCCCUCACGGAGACGAUGGGCUGCUGCUAAAGAGGCGGAGACGCAUGAGAUCCGAAGUAGAGAUGCAACAGUUGCGCCAAGCUGCCAAUGUCCGAGAGCGCCGCAGGAUGCAGUCCAUUAAUGACGCGUUCGAAGGUCUACGAUCUCACAUCCCAACUCUGCCAUAUGAGAAGAGGCUUUCCAAAGUUGAUACUUUACGCCUGGCCAUAGGCUACAUUAACUUCCUUGCAGAGCUUGUGCAGUCCGACAUGCCAAUUCGGAACCCCCACGCUGAUGCUCUGAACCAACCCAAAAAGGUUAUAAUUUGCCACAGGGGAACAAGAUCUCCUUCUCCAAGUGACCCUGAUUACGGUCUGCCUCCUCUCGCCGGUCAUUCUCUGUCCUGGACAGAUGAGAAACAGCUGAAGGAUCAAAAUAUUAUUAGGACAGCAAAGGUCUGGACCCCGGAGGAUCCAAGGAAGUUGCACUUAAAGUCAUCUCUCAAUAAUAUUGAGAAUGAGCCUCCAUUUGACUUAAUACCCUAAGGCACUGUAAUAAUUUUAUUGUAUACACAUAUGUGUAUUGAACUGUAUGGAUGUAUCCAUGUAUUUUUCUCACGUUUCUUUGUAUAAGUGUAUAUAUUUAUAUUUCUUGUAACCCUUUUUUGUUUAUUUGAAAAGGUCACCGGCAAUCAUCAUUAAUAGUAUGGUUAUUUAAUUGUUUUCAAUGAUUCAGUAAUAUAUUGUUGUUUCUUAAUUUAACGUUAAUUGUAUGUAAAGAUGAAAUAUAAAGCAUAUAUUUUUAUAAUGAAUGAAAACUUGAAAGGUCCCUAUUUAUGAUAUUCUGAAUAAAAGCUCUUAUACUGUA